AGUACGGCUGGCACAGCAGCUAAUACUACGUAGGACUGCUGUCUGACCACCCCCAUUCUGUCCAAGAUCAGAUAAGGACGAGGAGCUUCAAUAUGCACCGACACCCCCUUGGGUGUGGUUAAUGUGAUCCCUUAGCUGCGCCAAGCCAUCCUAUCUUCUACACGCCGCAUACCCCUAGGGAGGUUUGCGAGGGAAGGUCAUUCCCCCUUGCCCCGGCGUUAAUUAUACCAACAACCAACCAACCAAGCCAUCCUAUCUUGCCAACGCCAACACGUCGCCGACAUGCAGCCGCAUGCCACCUGGAAACUAGUAUUAAGAUUCAUGAAGUCUAAAUAAGGAAGAAGAUCGUUCGAUCUAGAAGGAUAUGUAAGCUAUCGGAUAUGUAAAGAAUAUAGGUAGGUAACUCCUACCUCACACUUCUCAUAGGCAGGUUGCAAUCCGGUUUCCUUUGGACACGUUCUCAGAAAGUUCCUACAUCCUAGUGGCGCGCCGUAAUGCAGUUAGAAUCGUUCCUCGGCGCUGGCGCGACCUUGGUCACUGUCGCCAGUGUUUUCACAAUCAUUCGCGUUGCGUCAGAUAAAUGGCACGCGAGGAGGCUAUACAUUGAUGAUCAUUUCUCUAUUGUCGCUGAUAUAUUCUUAAUUGCUACCUUUGCAACACUAUACAGAUUGCUUAAAGCUGCAAUUGACCCUACGUCUUCACUUUACUAUGUGAGCCAGUUACAAGUAGCCAUGGUCUUCUUGACCGGGUUCUCGAUGUGGACCGCCAAAGCACCCGUGCUGUUGCUUUAUAUCCGCUUGUUCGGUCUUCACAAGUGGAUGCGACUGAGUUGUCUGGCGACGCUCGCAGUUAUGGCUUUGGUGAUCUUAAUCGGCGAUGCCUACAAUGCUGCAAAGUGUAUGCCGCAAGACAUAACGAGCCCAGGUUAUAUCGAGUAUGUCACGAAUUGCAACCGAGUUGGCUCGACCGUAGGAGUCAUAUGUGGAUUCGUCGGAGUCUUCAGCGAUGCCGUUAUCUUCUGUCUACCUCUACCUAUACUCGCUAAGUUGCAUCUUCCGUUGGCGAAAAAGCUUGGGCUCUCUGUCGUGUUUCUAGUUGGUGCCCUUGCCAUAGUUACCAGUGCAGUCGCACUCAAAUACAAAUGGGAUUCUCUGUCGGGAGAGGCAACUGAUAUCAUGCUGGCCUCUACAUUGUCCGUGAUUGAGAACACAGUAGUCAUAAUCGUCGGCUGCGUGCCAGCUACCAAUGCACUCUGGUCUAAACUUGCCGCCGAUACGUGGUUACGGUCGAAGAUCGACACUCUAUUUUCCCAAGUCUCACACAUCCUGACUACCCGCAAGAGCACUGGCUCUGACCAGACAGCGAGACAGCAAUCCUCCGAGCAGAACUCUUCAGUUAUACAUCUACAUGACGAUGUCGGGUACCCUGGAAGUCGGAAUGGCAGGCCCACGACAGCGUUUGGUGAGAGAAAGGACGCACAAUCUAAUACUGUUAUUUCAUUAGAGGACAUGGCCAGAAGUCGUUGAAAUGGGCGGAACGUGGGUCGUAUUGUCAAUUGUCACGGUAGUUAUUAAGAGAGUUAGGAGAGUUUGAUCCCCUCAAUAAAAUGCACCAGCAAAUUAAUAUUGAUACCAGUUGUAACCAAUUGCUUGACGAUAGGCUCUCCCUCCAGAUUGAUGAAACACGUACAUCAUCAUCUACCUACUAGGUAGUUAGGUACCUGGUAUAAUUCGCUGCCGGUGCCAAGACCAUUAUCGGCGCUUACACUGUUUCUGCACGAUACUGUCUGAGAUGUAUUCUCGAUGAAAGCCUCUUGGGGUUCGUGUAAUGUGUGACGGGGAAUCAUUGGGGGUGCGGGGUCCUGUACCUAGGUACCUAGGUAGGUAGUAUUUCAUCUUAUCUCGGGGUAAGUAAGGCUGUGAAUUAUUUAUGUAUUAAGUAGCAGGUAGGCUGAGAGCGAAUUCAAAUUACGGGCGACUUCGGUGUCACACGGCUAAACGCCACGGCGUCUGAUAUUCCCGAUACAGUAGUAUUUAUGAGAAUAAGCAUAGGUUGGUAGGUAAACAAGCCGACAAUUCCUCCUCGUGAGAGAGAGAAAUUAAAGAUGGUAAAACGCUGAAGAAUUAUUAAUUAAAUUACCUAAUCUUCUAAAGUUCCAAGAUUUUUAUAUUAGUCCUUGUCAUAUAAGGCGG